AUGUCUGAGAAAUGGAUAGCUUCAAUAUUCACUCCUGGGGCCAGAAAGUCAAAGUUGUUGACCCUUGACUUCUACAAGAAAAACUAUGUGACUAUACCCAGUUUGACGUUGAUGUUCUUGGACUUGUGUUGGGUAACAUUCUGUACAGUCGAAGGAUUCAUCAGAACAGACGUUGUUUUGACAAGAAAAGACAGAACGCAAGGUGAAAUGACGGAAUUGCUAAUCAAUCCUAGAAACAGAAAGUUCCUGACGAUUAAUCAAACUUUCCCACCUCAGCCAGAAUUGUAUCAGACCUAUGAAGACAUGAAAUGUGAAGAAGAAAAACGAAAAGAAGCUUGCGAAAAUCAAUGA